AGGGGGCAAGUUAGCGAUCACAAGUCGCGUGCGCCCCUCGUCGCCUAGAGGGCAAUGACUGGAAGUUCAAAGCCUCCCUCCACGGUGGCCAAUGGCCGAUAUCAGAUCGAAAAAAAGCUUGGAGCAGGUUGUUUUGGAGAGGUGUGGGCAGGAAGAGACAAGCAGACGAAUGAGAAAGUUGCCGUCAAGUUUGAGGACUCAUCCGGGCAUGCGCUACAACUCGAGCAUGAACAGCUCGUAUUGAAGUUGAUGGCGCAGCCAAAGAAGCCGCAAGGUUUCGCGGAGCUGUUCUGGUGUGGCCAGGAGCAACGCUUCAUGUGCCUGGUUAUGGAGAUGCUGGGGAAGUCUCUGGAGGACCGGCUGCAGGGACUGGGGUCCCAAGGUGGACAGCCCCCGCGAUUCAAUGCACAGACAGCGGUGCUCAUUGCGGAGCAAGUGCUCAGGCGCAUAGAAUACCUUCAUUCCAAGGGAAUUGUUCACAGAGAUAUCAAACCAGAAAAUUUCAUGUUCGGCAUCAAGAGCAGGGUUCACCACUUGUACCUGAUCGAUUUCGGUCUUAGCAAGAGGUACUUUGACCAGAAACACGUUCAACUGCGAACACAGCUGAGCCUGACUGGCACCGCUAGGUAUGCAUCUAUCAAUGCUCACAAGGGCAUUGAGCAGAGCCGGAGGGAUGACUUGGAGGCUAUUGGUCACAUGCUCAUGUACUUUCUUCGAGGAUCCCUUCCAUGGUCUGGCCUUGAUGCAAAGACACAGGAAGAAAAGUACAGGAAGAUCCGCGAGAAAAAGGAGUCAACACCCCUAGAUGAGCUAUGUGCAGGUCAUCCACCUGCGUUCAAGAUCUACCUGCAAACUGCACGAUCCCUGGAGUUCAAGGAGCGACCAGACUACGUUGCUCUGAGAAAGCUCUUCGCAGAUUUUCGUGCAGAAGCGGGACCUCAAGAGGACCAUGGCUUUCAGUUUUUGGAAGGCCGUGACUUAGGAACACUGGAGCCUCUGGAGCACCUUGAUGUCCGGCAACCAGAUGAUCAGGCUCCUUCUGGUGGAUUCUCAUUUUGCUUCUGUGGAAGUAAGUCGGCGGUCCGGGACUGAUCGACUCAGAAAGCGGAAGCCGCCAAAGCGUGGACUUUCUAGGUGAAAGCCUCGUCUCAGAAUGUACUGAGAGAAGGGCACGUCUGUCGCACAAAAGUGUCGUGCAAGUGAGUCCGGACAAGAGACACGUAAGC